AUGGUGUCGAGGGUCACGAGGACGAGCGGCCGGGGAGUGGAGAGGAGCCGCGAGGGGGCGACGGCGGAGAAGGGGGACAUCGGAGAACGGGGGGAGCCAGAGGUCAUCUCCGAGGAGAAGGGGGAGCGGCCAGAGAAGCUCGACGCCCCCUCCAGGAAGAAGAAAGGCAUUUGGGCUCGCCCCAUUGCAGCUUCUCUCUGUGUGCGCCUCUUUCUCUGUCUUCUUUCCUCGGCGGGCAGAGGGCCUCCGACCUCCUCUGCUCCUGCCAUGGCAGGCGGGGUCGAAGGUGCUUAUAUGGAUGGAGGUAGAGACCAGGAAUAG